UUCUGAAGUCUGAAAGACAUUUUAGAAAGCUUUCAAUGCAAAAGCAUCCAAAAAAGGUUUUGUUGCUUUAAGGAGACUAUGAAAAAUGGUAUUGUCCUAAUUUCACUUGCUAUUCAAAGUAUAGUUCCAGAGUUAGGAAUGUCAGUAUUACCUGGGUGCUUACUAGAAAUAUAGACUCCUGGUCCCCCUACGGCAAUGUAGAAUCAGAACUGGCAUUUUGAAAGAUCCCCAGGAGAUUCCUAUGUAUGCUAAGGGUUGAGAAUUGCUAAUAUGAACUUGUAAUUAAAAGAACUUAAGUCUAAUGAAUUUUAAUCUAGGAUUUAAAAAUCUUGGUACAUUUUCUUGCUAAAUUAUUCUCAAAAUUCUAGAGGUUGCUGUGAGAUGUAAAAGAGAAAGGGGUGCAUUUUCAUGAGUUUUCAUCAGGUAUGAAACAAAAAUUCCAUUUUGUUCAGCAUGAGAAGAGAUAUCAGACGGGUCGUGCUCAGAUUUUCUUAGUUGCCCACUGUUCUUGAGGUUGGUGGUGGUAUUUUUAGAUUGAACAGAUUGAGUCUUCAGUCACACUUUGAGCUGCCAGAAUGAAAGUGUAGCUUCUCCUAGAAGCAAGGGAUAGAUUGAUUAGUUAUAUGUCCAACAUUUUACCUAAUAAUUAGUAAGUGCUCAAUAAGUGAUUGUGGAGUGAAUGAAUAAAAAACAAGAUACAACUCCUGUCUUCAAGAUUGUGGCAAACCAACAAUAAAGAUCAAGAAAUCUAAUGAAUAAUUAGCAUUCAGGGGUGACCAGUUCUAGAAAUCGGAAGCACAGGGAAGGUGCAUUUGGCUCAGCAUUGCUAGCACAAGGAGCCAAGGAGCUGAGUCUCUUGGUGAACAGAGCUUGGUGGAUUUAGAGCAGCAGCUCUCACACUUUAGUGUGUAGCAGAAUCACCUGGAGUGCUUGUUGAACCAGAGACAGCUGUGCCCUAUCCUCAGAAUUUCGGAUUCAAUGGGGUGGGCCCAAGAAUGUGCAAUUCUAGUAAGUUCCUAGAAGAUGCUGAUAAUACUGGUCUUGGAACCACAGUUUGAGAACCACUUAACUUAGAGAAUUACAAAGCGUUCUGGUGGCUGUACUCUAGCAGCUUAUAGGCAGGAGGCAGGUGAUACUGAAGGCAGAAGCCUAAGGAGUAGGGAUUUUAUUGUGGAGAUUGUGGGGAGCCAUUGACAGGAGAGUGAUGGACCCUCAUUUGCCUGUUGGAAAGAUCACUUUGGGUGUGGUGUGGAGGAGAGAUCAGAGGCAACAAUACAUGGGGACCAGAAAACCAAGUAAGUAGUUUAAUUACAGCCAUCCGAGAAAUAAUACAAACUUGGAGUAAGGGCGAGACAAUGAAUAUCCUUAGGACUUGUUGGCCAAUUGGAAGUGGGAAGGGCAGAGAGGGAGGAGUUAAUGAGAACCAUUAGAUUUCUGGCUGUAUGUUUUGGGAUUGUGUGAUUCAAGACACAGGAAGAGAAGUGGAUUUGAAGCAACGUUAUGGAGAAAAGCAAAGUAGGUAAGUUGAGUAGAGGACAUGUUGGAUUUGAGGUGUCAGCAAGAUAUCUGGGUGGACUCCAUUGUAGGCAGUUUUACUUAAGGAAUUGAGGCCAGCUGCAAGGUCUGGUAAGUAAUCUAGCCCCAUCCCUCCUGCCACUUCCAUUUGAUCUUCCAUAUUGUUUGGAUCCGGCAUUGGAUUUGUAAGCAACAAUGCGAAUAUAACCUUUAAGGGCCUUGAGAACACAAUACUUUUCAAAAGGUUUUCUCAGGAAAACAAAUGUUCUACUUUUCUGAUUCAUGGCGUAAGUGGGAGGAAGAAAGAGUUGAAGUACUAGUCUUCUAACACCAGAAGAAGUUAAUAAAGCCUCCCUCUGUCUGAGAGGCCAGUCGAAUUGGAACCUGGUAAGCUUGAAAGGGGCAAAAAUCACUUGACUGGUCUGCAGUGCCAUAUGACGAACAGCUGAGACUAAUUAGCUGGAUUGUGGGUUUUUACAGCAAUGCCUGUUUUGAAAGUUGAUGGAGCGAACCGCUUUUCAAAAGGCUCUUUUGAAAAACUUCUGUGAACCACUGAGUUCUUCAUUAUGUCUGAUGGAGAUUAUGAUUACCUCAUCAAGUUUUUAGCUUUGGGAGACUCUGGCGUAGGGAAGACCAGUGUACUUUACCAAUACACAGAUGGUAAAUUUAACUCCAAAUUUAUCACAACAGUGGGCAUUGAUUUCAGGGAAAAGAGAGUGGUGUACAGAGCCAAUGGGCCGGAUGGAGCCACUGGCAGAGGCCAGAGAAUCCAUCUGCAGUUAUGGGACACAGCAGGGCAGGAGAGGUUUCGUAGCUUAACGACAGCGUUCUUCAGAGAUGCUAUGGGUUUUCUUCUACUUUUUGAUCUGACGAAUGAGCAAAGUUUCCUCAAUGUCAGAAACUGGAUAAGCCAGCUACAGAUGCAUGCAUAUUGUGAAAACCCAGAUAUAGUGCUAUGUGGAAACAAGAGUGAUCUGGAGGACCAGAGAGUAGUGAAAGAGGAGGAAGCCAGAGCACUUGCAGAGAAAUAUGGAAUCCCCUACUUUGAAACUAGUGCUGCCAAUGGGACAAACAUAAGCCAAGCAAUUGAGAUGCUUCUGGACCUGAUAAUGAAGCGAAUGGAACGGUGUGUGGACAAGUCCUGGAUUCCUGAAGGAGUGGUGCGAUCAAAUGGUCAUGCCUCUGCGGAUCAGUUAAGUGAAGAAAAGGAGAAAGGGGGAUGUGGCUGUUGAGAAGUCGAGUAAGUGACAUAGCAGUUCAGAUGGCCCAUGCCUGGGAUCUUCUCUGUGAUUGAUAGGUGGCACAGUGAGAGAUUAGUGGGCAUUGUGUACAGACUGCUUCUCGCCAUCCCCAAUAGACCAGUAAAGCGUCUGGUUUUAGAAUCAAUUUGUUGCAGCUUUGUAAAUACUUCUUUAAGAUUCAGCCUGAGAGUUAGGAUAACUACUUCAGAGCCAAAAGUGCCUUAUAAAACCGUAGCCUGUUAUAGUAAAUCAUUAAAGGAUUCAGAAUUUUGCAGUCACGGAAGAGUGUAUUUAUUACGUAGAAUGAAUGAGGGUACUGUUAUCUGCUUUAAUGUAAGUAGGCCAGAGUCUUACAUUUAAGAUCUUACAUGCAAUUAUAAAACGGCCACAGUCUUGGAUCAAGACUUAAAGACUCAUGCCAUAGGUGACCUUCUAAAAUGCCAUUAAAGCCACUUGCAUGUUAAAUAAGAAUACACAUACACAUCAGCCCAAUGUCUUUGAGUAUUAAUUUUAUGUAAGCAUUCUAUUUAACAUGAACAUAGGACAAAUUAUGGCUGUAUCUAUAGACCUUGGAUAAACUGCAUUGACCAGUUGUACACUCAUGGUGACUUUUUUGUUGGUGGAAAAGGGAUUGGGGGUGGCAGGGUGGCUUAAUGUAAUAUGAGCAACUGAAGUGGGACUUCUGGCUCCUGCUAUAUUCCCGUUGCUGUGAAGGGUUGACUGAAGGUUCAGGGAACUAGAUUUUGUGGCUUUAAUGCACUGUGAUUGUACAUUUAUACUUGGCCUAUGUGCUUGCCGCAUCUGAACAUAGCUGGUGCUUAUGCUGAGUUAUUUGUGAUGAGUAAAUAUUUAGUUUCUUUUUCUUCAUAUUUAUAAUUUUGAUCUGGCAUUCUCUGGCUGCAGCUUAAUUCACUUGUAAAUUACUCAUCUCUCUCUUUACCAGCAGGCUCUGUAUUGUUGAUAUUUGCAACUUGUUUUGCUUUUCCAUUGAUGGAAUUGAAGGAAUUAGUUUUCAAUUGCAUAAAAUGCCUGUUUGGUAUUUGGUGGAAGAUAGAUGUACAUAUUGAAGCAGUUAUAUUUGUACUGUAGUUCAAAAAAAGAAAAAUGAAGUAUUCUGUAGCCUAUAAUUUUCAUUGAGCUCGUGAGCAUUUACUGUACUUGCUGGGUCUUGCCAAGUUCACGUAUUCUGCUACGUUGCCAAAGUGUCUUCAUACCAAAUUAAAGGUGGGUUAAAUAUAUGUUUCAUGGAAGUCUUUAUAAAAUUCAAAGGUAUUUCAUUUAGAUGAAAAGUCUUAUUUAUUAAAGUGGUUUGAAUAAAGUAGAUCAAAAUUUUCAGAGAUCUUAAUGGCUAUUUAGGAAGAAAUAUCACUCAUUAUAAUUUAAAUAAAGAAUUACAAUAAAUGUAUUUUGUGCUGGCAAAUAUUUGGCAGAACUGUAUUUAGAAAAGUACAAGUAUAUUUGGGUGAUGGUUACGUUAGAAGCCCAGACUUGACCACUACACAAUAUACUCAUGUAUCUAAACUGCACUUGUAUCCCCUAAAUUUAUUUUUAAACAAGGAAAAAUCCAAGUAUAAUGAAAAAACCUAUUGUGUUUUUUGCCACUUUCCUUCCACUACUCCCAUAGCAAAGUUAGCCAUGGUGAGUAAAAUUUUACAUAUUUCUAUCCUUGAAAUGAAAGCUGCUUUUAAAUUCCAAAGAAGUCACUGAGACCUGUGCAUUUGGAUUGUAUAUGCUAGUGAGGAAAAGAUUUAGCUAUUUCAAGAACAGGAUCAUAAUCACACAGCAGUGCCUUCUAUAGUUGCCGUAACACUUCAGUGGAGUACAACAUCAUUUUAAAGCUAUAUAUCAGGGCAUAUUUUGUAUGGUGUAUUUGUGUUAGAAUAACACAUUAAAUGUCUUUAAACAUAAAAAUAAGAAUGUUUGCAUGUUUCAGUUUUCAAGACCUAAUGGGUAGUUAGCUAUAGAUUCCAUUGGCCUUAAACAUAUCAUACAAUUAAGUGUAUACAUGAUACAGUGCACAUACAAGAGCCACCUUUAAUUAUUGAAAUAACCUGUAUUCUUUUUGGAAAUCAUUUAAGUUUGGUAUUGAAGUACUAUAUUUUUUGUGCAUCAAUGUAUUUUUCUAUUUACAAGCCUAUGUACAAGUAAAGUGUAUCUUCAGUGAACCAUGUGCCAAUUAAGCUAUAAUAAAAAAGGGGUCUAGUCUGUCAAA